GGAGCGCGCCGGUGCCCAAAAAAGUAUUGGCCGUCUUGAGGAAUGCACGCAGCCCCCGGGCCCGCUACAUAUCUGCCGCCUCGCCCCGCUCGCACUCCGCACCCGCGCAGCGCCCACAGGGAAGCCAGCCAGCCAGGCAGAGCCCCUCCGCCCGCCCGCCCGCCCGCCUAGCCUGCGCGCCCCGUCCGGGCUCCCUCCGCCGCCGCCAUGGACGCCAUCAAGAAGAAGAUGCAGAUGCUCAAGCUGGACAAGGAGAACGCCCUGGACCGGGCCGAGCAGGCCGAGUCCGACAAGAAGGCGGCCGAGGACCGCAGCAAGCAGUUGGAGGACGAAAUAGCGCAGCUGGAAAAGCAGCUGCGGGUCGCGGAGGAUGAGAGGGACCGGGUUUUGGAAGAGCAGCAUACCUCUGAGGAAAGCCUGCUCGCGGCCGACGAGAAGGCCACCAAGCUGGAGGAUGAGCUGGUGUCUCUGCAAAAGAAGCUCAAGAGCACUGAGGAUGAGCUGGACAAAUACUCAGAAUCCCUGAAAGAUGCCCAGGAAAAGCUGGAGUUGGCGGAGAAAAAGGCCACGGACGCGGAGAGCGACGUGGCUUCUCUGAACAGGCGCAUCCAACUGGUAGAGGAAGAGCUGGACCGUGCCCAAGAGCGUUUGUCAACCGCCCUGCAGAAACUGGAGGAGGCCGAGAAGGCGGCCGAUGAGAGCGAGAGAGGAAUGAAGGUCAUUGAGAGCAGAGCCCUGAAGGAUGAGGAGAAGAUGGAGAUCCAGGAGAUCCAGCUGAAAGAGGCCAAGCACAUUGCUGAGGACGCCGACCGCAAGUAUGAGGAGGUGGCUCGUAAGCUGGUGAUCAUUGAGAGCGACCUGGAACGGGCUGAGGAGCGGGCCGAACUCUCAGAAAGCCAAGUCCGACAGCUGGAGGAACAGUUAAGGAUAAUGGAUCAAACGCUGAAAGCAUUAAUGGCCGCGGAGGAGAAGUAUUCGCAAAAGGAAGACAAGUAUGAAGAGGAGAUUAAGGUCCUGACUGACAAACUGAAAGAGGCUGAGACCCGAGCUGAGUUUGCUGAGAGGUCCGUAACCAAGCUGGAAAAGAGCAUCGAUGACUUAGAAGAGAAAGUGGCACAUGCCAAAGAAGAAAACCUCAACAUGCACCAGAUGCUCGAUCAAACUUUACUGGAGCUAAACAACAUGUGAAACUCCCUUUUCUUAGCUGUGACCACCACACUUCUUUUAAGCACCUGCUUUGCCAUGAAAAAAAACCCCUUCGAUGUGUCUUUUAUUGUGUUUUCCAAGUUGUCACGUUCAAAAAAUCAUCUGCUCAACCCCCAGGCAUGGAGCUGAGGAAUGGGGAGGUGUCAGAAAGCUUCAUGUAGAUGCACACAGCGAGUUCUCUCUCUCUUUCUCUAGUCCAGAUGUGCCAUACCCUCUGACCACCUCAUCUGGCUUCGAGUCCAGUGAUACAGCAAGCGGACUGUAUUGGUCAGGGGCACAGAGAUUUCCUCUAGGGCUGCUAGUUAGAUUUUAAACGAGCAUGAAUGCUUGAAACCCAAGAGAGGGGGUGGGCAGACCUUUAAGAAGGUAUUUGGCGUGGUCCUUUGACUGGUAUUGAUGUUAUUCUGCUGCUUGUCCAGCACAGCAAAUUGGUUUUCUUGGGAGAGGAGCCUCCAGCUGUGAAAAUUUGGCCUCCCCGUUUCCUCUUCUUCUAAGUUCAAGAAUGACACGGACCUGCAAGUCGCGCCUUGCACAAUUUAACCCUUGAGUUCAGGAACGUGCGCGGCGUUACGGCUUGCUAAAAAUUGUAAGACCGCAUUUUUGGGUCAUUCCAUUUGAUGUUUUUAAGAUCUUCUACAAUUGGGGGGCGGGGGCUGGGGCUGAGAUAUUUUACAUUGGCGAAUUCUGGUUGCGUUCUGUUUCUUUGUCUCAAACAAAAGGGAAUCGGUUAAGUUUGGUGUUUGCCACAUGUUUGUUUCACACGCUCUUUUUGGUUCUGUUUUGAACAGUUUUUAAGAAUCAUCUUGUAUGUAAACAUUGUAUAAUUGAUAAUGGAAUAAAACACACACCCUAGGACAUUUUUGUAAAAAAAAAAAACCCUGCUGCUU